AUGGAUAUCACUAGAAGACUUGAGAGAAUGAAACAAGAAAUAUGUCAAGGUGGAAAACGAGAAGCUCCAACGAGAGCAAAUGCUGGGAAGAGGGCGCUGCUCGAAGAACAGCAAGAGCUCAUUGUGCGGGCUGUCGCCCUCGGUGACCGGGGGGAAGACUAG